AUGGCCAGCGGCAGGCCUCCUGGAGGCCCGACUUCGCAUAGAGACCACGACGACAACCUCCUCCAGCUCGACGAUGCCCCCUCGCAGUACAAUACCGGACAGAGACCGCCGGUGAGCGAUGAUAGUCUGAUACAGCAGUACAAUAUUAACGACUCCGACCAACCGCCUUCGCGGCCGUCCGUCUCCUACGAUGAUUUCGUCGGCCAGGGGCAUGUCGCGCAAGGCAGUAAUGGCCACAGUAGUAACGCCCAUGGACGGGGACAGUCUCCUGGCGCCAACAGGGCGUACGCCGGCGAUGGUGGCGCUACCGGAAUGUACUCACAGACUUCUGACCUGAACCAUUAUCAGCGUUACUCCGAUUUAGAUGAUAUUGAAGACGACCGGGCGUAUGGAUACUACAACGAUGGAGACAGGUCCGACGGCACGCCUAUACAGGAUGCCAGGGCGAGAGACAGAAACAGCAUACUCGCCUUGGGCGGAGGAAUCAUGGGCAGAGCUAAGAACAUGCUUGGGAUAGCACCAGAGUACUCGGAGAUGGACCUGCCAUUGACGGAGGCUGGAGCAACCUCUCGAAGGGUGGGAACCGCCGAAACAGACGAGACCCCCCCAGGCAAAUCCGGCUCGAAAUACAACAAGCAAGGGAAGUUCAAGUUCGGUUUUGGACGACGAGAGCCUGACCCGUCCACCCUGGGCCCCCGUAUCGUCCUUCUCAAUAACGCUCCCGCCAACGCCGCGCACAAGUUCGUCGACAACCACAUCUCCACCGCCAAAUAUAACAUCUUCACCUUCCUACCCAAAUUCCUCUUCGAACAAUUCUCAAAAUACGCCAACCUGUUCUUCUUGUUUACCGCCGUCCUCCAGCAGAUUCCAAACAUCUCCCCCACCAACCGAUAUACCACCAUCGGUCCGCUCAUCGUCGUGUUGAUAGUCUCCGCCAUCAAGGAGCUGGUCGAAGACUACAAGCGGAAGAGCUCUGAUAAAUCUCUUAAUCACUCCAAGACAAAGGUGCUGCGCGGCUCAAACUUCGAGCAGGUGAAAUGGAUAGAUGUCGCCGUAGGGGACAUUGUCCGGGUUGAGUCUGAGGAGCCCUUCCCAGCAGACUUGGUUCUCCUCGCCAGCUCCGAGCCCGAAGCACUCUGCUACAUCGAAACAGCCAAUCUGGAUGGAGAGACAAACUUGAAAAUCAAACAGGGUAUCCCCGAAACCGCCGAUCUGGUAAGCGCUGGUCAGCUUAGCAGAUUGACGUCGAGGAUCAAAUCUGAGCAGCCAAACAGCAGUCUCUACACUUACGAAGCUACCCUGACCCUGCAGUCUGGCGGAGGUGAGAAGGAACUUCCUCUCGCCCCAGACCAGCUGCUUCUUCGAGGAGCCACUCUGCGCAACACCCCCUGGAUUCAUGGCGUCGUCGUCUUCACCGGCCACGAAACUAAGCUGAUGAGAAAUGCCACCGCAACUCCAAUCAAGCGUACGGCCGUCGAACGGAUGGUCAAUCUGCAGAUUCUCAUGCUGGUCGGAAUUCUUGUCGCCCUCAGUUUGAUAAGCUCAGUCGGCGACUUGGUCAUCCGUACUACCGCUUCUCAGAACAAAUCUUACCUGGACUAUAGCAACGUCAACCUGGCUCAGCAAUUCUUCUCCGACAUCUUCACUUACUGGGUCUUAUACUCUAAUCUCGUCCCCAUCUCCCUCUUCGUGACCAUCGAAAUCGUCAAAUACUACCAUGCCUUUCUCAUCAACUCCGAUCUCGAUAUCUACUAUGAACCAUCUGAUACCCCGUCGAAUUGUCGAACCUCCUCCCUUGUUGAAGAACUGGGUCAAAUCGAAUACAUCUUUUCCGACAAGACUGGUACCCUCACUUGCAAUCAGAUGGAGUUUAGACAAUGCUCCAUUGGUGGUAUCCAGUAUGCUGAAGUCGUGCCCGAAGACCGAAGAGCGGGAUAUAACGAGGAUUCCGAAACGGCCAUGUAUGACUUCAAGCAACUAAAGAAAAACAUUGAGUCCCAUCCUACCCGAGAAGCAAUCAUACAGUUUCUCACACUACUUGCCACCUGUCAUACUGUUAUUCCUGAACGAAACGAGGACAGACCAGGUGAUAUCAAAUAUCAGGCAGCUUCCCCGGAUGAAGGUGCUCUCGUUGAGGGUGCCGUCAUGCUAGGAUAUCAAUUCACGAACCGAAAGCCAAAAUUUGUUGGUAUCUCCGCUCAAGGGGUAGAACAGGAGUUUGAACUGUUGGCCGUCUGCGAAUUCAACUCAACUAGGAAACGUAUGUCGACAAUAUUCAGAUGUCCGGACGGUAAAAUCAGGAUCUACUGCAAAGGGGCCGACACAGUGAUACUCGAACGCCUGGGUCAGAAUAACCCUAUCGUAGAAACGACCCUGCAGCAUCUAGAGGAAUACGCUUCAGAAGGUCUCCGAACUCUUUGCCUUGCAAUGCGAGAAAUCUCCGAAGAAGAGUUUCAAGAGUGGUGGCAGGUCUUCAACAAAGCUUCUACUACCGUCAGCGGAAACAGACAGGAAGAGCUAGACAAAGCUGCCGAACUUAUCGAAAAAGACUUUUUCCUUCUUGGUGCAACGGCUAUUGAGGAUCGACUUCAAGAUGGCGUUCCUGAUACCAUUCACACUUUACAACAGGCUGGUAUCAAAGUCUGGGUUCUUACAGGUGAUCGACAAGAGACAGCCAUAAAUAUCGGCAUGAGUUGCAAGUUGAUUUCCGAAGACAUGACUCUUCUCAUCGUUAACGAGGAAGAUGCCCAAGGUACCCGUGAUAAUUUGGUAAAGAAGCUGGAUCAAGUCAAAAGUCAAGCCAACUCUGCCGAUGUCGAAACACUAGCUCUUAUCAUUGAUGGAAAGUCACUUACCUAUGCCCUUGAAAAGGAACUGGAGAAGGUGUUUUUGGAUCUUGCCAUUAUGUGUAAAGCAGUGAUUUGCUGCCGUGUCUCUCCGCUCCAGAAAGCUCUUGUUGUGAAACUUGUAAAACGCCAUCUCAAAUCCCUUCUGCUUGCCAUCGGUGACGGCGCCAAUGAUGUCUCUAUGAUUCAAGCAGCACAUGUUGGCGUUGGUAUAAGCGGUAUGGAAGGUCUUCAAGCAGCACGAAGUGCUGAUAUUGCAAUUGGUCAAUUCCGUUAUCUUCGAAAAUUACUCUUGGUUCACGGCUCCUGGAGUUAUUCACGAGUUAGCAAGGUUAUUCUAUAUUCGUUCUACAAGAAUAUCGUUCUUUACAUGACGCAGUUUUGGUAUGCUUUUGAAAACUCGUUCUCAGGACAGGUUAUUUACGAAUCUUGGACGCUUUCAUUAUAUAACGUUUUAUUCACGGUUCUCCCUCCCUUCGCCAUGGGAAUAUUCGACCAGUUCAUCUCUGCGAGACUUCUGGAUCGAUACCCUCAACUUUACCAGCUUGGCCAGAAAGGCACCUUUUUCAAAAUGCACAGUUUCUGGUCCUGGGUUGGGAACGGCUUCUAUCACUCCCUCAUUGCCUAUCUUAUCUCUCGACAAAUCUUCAAAAACGACAUGCCCACGCAAGACGGCACUACAUCCGGCCUCUGGGUAUGGGGUACAGCUCUUUACACUGCCGUUCUAGCAACCGUUCUAGGCAAAGCCGCUUUGGUCACCAAUGUCUGGACCAAAUAUACCGUCAUUGCCAUCCCAGGCUCAUUGAUAGUAUGGCUCGGUUUCAUUCCAGCAUACGCAUACGCCGCUCCUAAAAUUGGGUUUUCCUUUGAAUAUAUCGACCUCAUCCCACACCUCUACCCACUCCCAACAGUCUGGAUCAUGGCAGUUCUCAUACCCUGCCUCUGUCUUGUUCGUGAUUUUGCUUGGAAGUACGCCAAACGCAUGUACUACCCGCAAAGCUAUCACCAUGUCCAAGAAAUCCAGAAGUACAACGUACAGGAUUACAGGCCGCGCAUGGAGCAGUUCCAAAAAGCUAUCCGGAAGGUUAGACAGGUACAGCGCAUGCGCAAACAGAGAGGUUAUGCUUUCAGUCAGGCCGAUGAAGGUGGCCAGAUGAGGGUUGUUAAUGCUUAUGACACGACAAGAGGCAGAGGACGAUAUGGAGAAAUGGCAAGUUCACGGCCAAUGACUUGA